ACACGUGUGUUUACAAGGAGCUUCAUUUUAGAGUGACAAUUUCUCCUCUAAUUCAUUACUUUAAUACCUUCUCUCUUCUACUACUCAUUCGUGCUUAGCAAACAAUCUUAACAAACAUCAUACAAUUUCAGAUUCAUUUAUAUGAAAGAAUAGCUAAUGGUGAACCUGGUGAGAAGAUUAGAUUUCUCACAUCAUAAGAAACGAAGCUAUGGUCUUGGUAAAAACAAGAACUGACAAUGGCAGAUGGUGCCAGCCACCAGAUGCAAACCCUUGAAAAUGGUGUGCCUUCAUCACCCCUCUCGCCUUCUUCCACUCGGAGUCAGAGUCGCUGCUCCGAAAUUGUCCGCAUUGAGCAACAAUCAAACAAUGGCGCACGACACUUCAGAAGUCGACUCAUUAGCAUUGUUAACAGAGUACGGAAUGCCUUGGUGGCCACAGGAAGCUUUAGGAAAAGAUCUGAAAGUCAACAAAGACCAGAUUCUUUUCUAGAAAAAUUUACUUGGCAACCAGCACAAAGUACAGAUGAAGAUCUUGAAUUGACAUUUUGUCAAAGGUUGGCCAGAUCUCUAGUGCUAGAUCCAGCAGCGCAUCUCUAUUAUCGAUGGCUUGCAGUUAUAUCUGUAGCAGUUCUUUAUAACAUCAUUAUCAUUGUAGGCCGAAGUGUAUUCUGGGAGCUGCAAAAUCUCUGUCCACAUCUUUGGUAUUUCAUGGAUUACCUCUGUGAUACUAUAUAUUUAAUGGAUAUUAUCGUACAUUGUCGAACUGGAUAUUUAGAACAAGGUCUCUUAGUUCGUGACAGAAAGAAACUUUUAAAAAACUAUACGUCUUCUCUCCCUUUCAAACUAGAUCUCAUAAGCGUCAUCCCGACUGACCUACUGUACAUUGUAACGGGUACAGGAUGUGAUCACCAAGUUCCCUGCUCUGUCAUCGUGCGUCUCAAUCGACUCUUCAGGUUUCCAAGAAUGUUGGAGUUUUUCGACAGAACCGAAACCAGAACAAACUUCCCAUAUGCAUUUCGUAUAGGAAAACUUAUUUUUUAUAUCUUAGUUAUCAUUCACUGGAAUGCCUGCUUCUUCUUUGCAAUGAGUUACGCCAUUGGAUUUGGUACAGACUCUUGGGUAUACAAGAAUGUAUCGGAUCCUAAAUAUGGCUCCCUUCGACAUCAGUAUAUAUACAGUUUCUACUGGUCAACAUUAACCUUGACUACAAUUGGUGAAGUGCCUGUACCUGAACAAGAUAUUGAAUACUUAUUUGUCGUGAUUGAUUUCUUGGUCGGAGUUCUUAUUUUUGCUACAAUUGUUGGGAACAUCGGAAGCAUGAUUACCAACAUGAAUGCAGCCAGAGCAGAAUUUCAGAGUAGAAUGGACAACGUGAAGCAGUAUCUGGAAUUUCGAAAAGUGGGUGAGGACUUGGAAAACCGAGUCAUCAAGUGGUUCGAUUACCUUUGGACCAACAAGCAGUCUUUAGAUGAAAAUGCUGUCACUUCAACCUUGCCGGACAAACUCAAAGCUGAAAUAGCAAUCCACGUCCAUCUUGACACAUUGAAACAAGUUAGAAUAUUCCAAGAUUGCGAACCUGGUUUGCUUGUUCAGCUUGUCUUGAGACUGAGAUUGCAGGUGUUUAGCCCUGGUGACUACAUAUGCCGAAAAGGUGAUAUUGGGAAAGAAAUGUACAUAGUAAAAAGAGGUAAACUUCAGGUGGUUGGUGAUGAUGGUAAGACGGUAUUUGCAACUUUAUGCGACGGCAGCGUUUUCGGAGAGCUCAGCUUACUUAACAUCUCUGGUGUAAAGACUGGCAAUCGUCGAACAGCGAAUGUCAGAAGCGUUGGAUACUCUGAUUUGUUUUGUCUCUCUAAAGAAGAUUUAUGGGAGGUUUUAGAAGAAUAUCCAGAAGCCCAAAAGUUAUUGAUAGAGAGGGGAAAGCAAAUUUUAAUGAAAGAUGGUUUGCUGGACGAAGCCGAUAUCAAAGCUGCUGAGAUUGCAGAAGAAACUAUGAAGGAAAAAAUAGAGAGAUUGGAUAAUACUAUGGAAGUACUACAAACUCGCCUGGCUCGAUUCUUUGCAGAGUUCAUAGCAUCACAAAACAACUUCAAGCAAAGAAUUCACAGACUCGAAUACAAGAAUGUAAAUUCUCAAGACGCUUUGAAAACUUCUAACGGAGACAAAAUGGAGUACUUUUGAGAACUUUUAUUGUACAUUCCAGAACAAUUCGGUCGUUAAAUUUUAAGCUUAUUAUAAAUUAUUUAUUACUAGUGCUGACACGAUUUAUUUAUUACGCGCUACAAUAUUGCGAUGAAAUAAUAUGCAGAACAAAAUACCGUGAAGACACCUAAUGACGUGGGAUUCCUGCUUAAACUAACUUUUUAACUUUAAUCCACAUGAUGGCUACUAAACGUUGCAAUCAGUCAAUGAUAGCAUUUAAUCCUAGAUAAGUACAACAAAGGAGUGAUAGUUAGUAAAAGUUUAUGGGUGUGAUUGUGUUACCCUAUUUAACCAACACAGAAUUCGUUCUGGUUAAUGGAUGAAUAUGAAACUUGUUAUAUUCGUUACGAGAAACAUGUAGAUCAUACUUUGACCACCAGUCGUGGAAAAGAUGGGCGUGGAAAGAAGCACAAAUUGGAGACGUAAAUAUUUUCUGGGUACCGCGGAACUUGGGGUGCUUUAGUCCCCUCCCAUUUUAUGAUUCUCAUAAAAUGGGAGGGAACUCAAGAGGGUGGGAGAGAGCCCCCUCCAAACGCAUGACAUGCUUUCGUGGGAGCACUGAGCUUUUUAAACUCACAGCAUAAGCUCAAUGUGCAUUCUAUUUUCGUCAAACACGUGUUCGAAAUGUGUCACAAGCGAGUUCAAAAGCGUUAUAAAAAAAUUAAAAAAAGAGCUCUUUUGCAACAACGUGACGUGUCAUUCGUAAGCUGUUUCAGUCAAGAGUCUCUUCGGAUUUGAUAAUCAUAUUUUUUGAGUUCUUUCUAUCUUCUGUUAUGGCUUGGUGCAAUGACUACUGUGUUUUUAAACCACUCCAGAUUACAUUAACGUCCCAUUUCAUACAUAAAAACGUGCUCUAUCGGUGGAAAUGUUAACUAUUUUAUUGCACAGUACGUUUUUUCAAGGUAUAUACCGUUUUACUGUCAUCUAUUCACCAGAACGAGUAUUAAACAAGAUAAUUUUUAACUCUUACCAAGUUGUUAAGAAUCCUCGAAUUCAAUGGUUUUUUUUGAACUUGAAAAAACUGCAGGUACUGUUGAGGCAUUGAUCAAAUUAGCAUGCUGAAAGAAUUAUAUUAAACUGAGAAUAAUGCAAAGUAAAUCUCGCGUUUUUAAAAAAUGAAAGUGAAAAAAGUAAAAUUGAAAUGUUAGGCCAAUAACGAUCACGAAACCUUCAGCAAAGUUUACAGGCAUACCACAUAUUUCUUGCUCCCUGUGUGUGCUGCCCGUCAAAAGAUUUCCUCUGCUCAGAGAAAAAAAGAAAGAUCCUAGUGGAUCUAAUCCGACCUUAGAGGCGUUUCGACUUCAGACUACUUUUCUACAUUUUGUUUCUCAAAGUGGACAGGUUCUCUAUCACCCCUACUAUUUUGAAAAAACAUUUUAGACGUCGGAUAUUUCAGAUUAUGAUAAAUAAAUAAAAAUAUUUUCUUCCACCCAAAAAUAUAGUGAAAAAUAUAAAUCUGCUUUCUGUUAAUAGUGUUAAUUUAGAACAAUAAACUUAUCAUUCGAACACUUUCCAAUGCAGAGCAUAGAGUAGAAUUCAUAUUAGUGUAAUGUCUCUAAAUAAAUAAAAUAUUAUAAACAUGAAUAUCAAUUUUAAAAAAAUCGUAAUUUGUUUGACAACAUUACAUUUAAAAUAACAAUAAAUGUCUGUGUUUCCCAACAUCCUACAAAUUUCAAAAAAAUUAAUUAAAUGAUUUGGCUUUUAUGUCAUAUUCUUAAUAAAAAAAAUUUAAAGCUUUUCUUUUCAAAAAAAAAAAAUUUAUGACGAAGAAUUCUAAAAUUUACUUAUUGUAUCUAAAUUUAUAUGAUACAUAUCAUCUAAUCCAUUAAAAAGCCACAAGAAACUACGUUACAUAACAUAAUAAUUCUCACAGAAAAAGCUGAAGAGAUUUAGAAGAGCGUUAAUGAAAAACAAACAUUUCAAAAAGUUUUCAUUUGCGCUCUCUGGACAAUUACGAAUAACUUUUUUCCUCACUAUUUCUUUGAUAGUGAAGAAAAUGAAUUUAAGAAGGUUGCAAAUAAAUAAAUAUAAAUGUUUUGUUUAAACUGAUAUAACGCUUCAUUUGAAAUAUUUUAACUUUGGGGACAACAGUUUCAAAAUAUUUUUGUAGAGCAAAUCACAUUCAUUUUGUAAGAAAUCUGAUGCUACUCAGACUAAGCUAUUGAUUAUAUUGUGCUGAAACUCCGUCCAUGUCGAAUUUAAAAAUUAAUAAACUAUCAUAAA